AUGGCAGAUAGAAGGUCAUUAUUCUCUCGAUUUUGGCCUCCGUCGGCUUCACGCCGCACACCCACCACCCAAACUGCUGCUGCACCACCACCAGCAACCACUAGUAAACCCAAACCUCAAUCCCAAUCUAGUAGCCAGACCAGCUCCACCUCAUCACCACCACCACCUCAAGCAGAAACCAAGACUCCGGUCAGGCAGUCGACCACCAAAAGCAGCAGCCCUCCCGCCCCCUCCCCCGCCACUCCACCUAGAGCAGAACCUCGAAAGGCAUCCCCCGAGCCAAGCAAAUCGCCCGCAGGCGAAUUGCAAACCAAAGACGAGCCUAAAACCUCAUCACCAUCGCGUUCAACUACGCGGUCCCCAUCCUCAUCAAAGCCUACUUCGCCCUCUCGUUUAUCAGCUCAAUCUAGAUCACCUCCUCAGCCUCCCUCUUCACCCCAACCACGAUCCUCGCUUCAGUCCCCGUCUCGAGUGAUCUCGCUGACCCCUUCCACGCCCAAACGAGCAUCAAAAUCUCAUUCUCCAUCUCGUGUCAAUUCUCGUUCUCCUAAGCAGCAGGUGUCGUCGUCUAGCCCUCUUAAGGGGAAACAGCCUGCUUCCCCAUCAAAAGAUUCAACACAGCCUACUGAAAAGAUCUCCACUUCGUAUGAAGCCCCCAUUUUAGCUUCUAAAGAGAAUGAUCCAAAGCCUACAGCAUCUCAACAAGAAGCAGAGGUGAAGGAAGAGGUAAAAUUGGUGCUUCUGAAUAAACCAAAUCACACAGCUUGA